AUGCAAAGACACAGAUUCCCCGACGGACCAAAUCAAUGUGUGGCAACGGAUUUAUUAGGUCCUCUUCCCAAUGGCGAACAUGUACUCGUAUUAAUCGACUAUUUCUCGCGCUAUCAAGAAGUUGUGUUCUUGAGGAAAAUAAGUUCCGAAGCUGUUAUAAAAUCAAUGAAAGACAUCUUCUCUAGACUAGGGUUACCUAAAUCCUUGCGUACUGACAAUGGGAGGCAAUAUGUGAGCAAUGAGUUUAAAGAAUUCUGUAGAGAGAAUAACAUCGAGCUAGUCACAACACCGCCGUACUGGCCUCAAGCUAGCGGAGAGGUCGAGAAUAUAAAUCGAUCACUAGUAAAGCGUCUGAAAAUUGCCCACUCUAACAAGGUGAACUAUAAGUCAGAGAUACAGAAAUAUUUAAUGAUGUACAAUGUGACACCUCACAGCACAACCGGGGCUACACCAACGGAAUUAAUGUUCAAUCGGACCAUUCGUGACAAGAUCCCAGACAUACGUGAUCUAAUACAAGAAAUCGGUGAUUCGUCGGCAAGAGACUUGGACUGCAUAAAUAAACAUAAGGGGAAAGAGAAGGCUGAUGCAGCCAGAAGUGCGAAAAGCUCGGAUAUAGGAGUUGGGGAUAUUGUGCUUUUGAAAAACGUUAUAUUCCCGCACAAGUUAACACCAAAUUUCAAUGCAACCGAAUACGUUGUGGUUAAAAGGCAAGGCGAUGAGGUACAGCUUUCAGGCGAUGGUAAGGUGCUGCGGAGGAACAUCAGCCAUGUUAAGAAAAUUCCCUCCGCUAACCAACAACCAGCCAGUGAGUCAGAGAAAACACCAGGAACAUUGUUACAUCCACCAAUUGAACAACAUUCAACACUAUCCAGAAAUUCAGGCGCGGAGGAGACAGGAACGUCACAAGGGUCACUACGUCCUGAGUCAGCGGCUAAGGUCACAUCACCACCUACAAACGUGUUCACCGGCGACCAACCAUCAGCUCAACAAGAAGGGAUUAAGUUGAAGCUAAAAAAAAUAGGAGGAAUGUGGCAACCCUAG